AUGACCAAUCACUGCGAGUGGCUUACAAAUCUGAGGGACUCCAACGUACCGUAUGUGCUCUUGGGGGAUGAAGGGAAGCUGAUUGUGAAGGGGGAAGGAGAGUUGCUACUCCAAGGAGAGUACGGGGAGCUGAAGCUGGAAAAUGUUCUCUUAGUGGAGAAGCUCUCACUGAAUCUGAUCAGCCAGUCUCAACUUGACAGCACGGGGUGCAAAACCUUCAGCGACAAAGGAAAGUUGUGGGUUUUCAAUGAGGAUUGGAAGGUGGUUGCAGAAGGGAACAGAAAUCAGGGGUUGUAUGAAAUGAAGCUGAGGAAGAAGGGGCUGGAGGAUGAGAAUGCCACCUACCUGACAUCACUCGAAGGGGACCUAGCUAGGGAGGAGUUGAAGGCUCGGCUUGGUGGCUUACCUGUGAAGGAGCUGCAGCAGGAAGCUUCUGCCAUGGUGGUUGGGAUGGAGCAGGUGGAAUUGGAGACCUUGCACAGGCGCAUGGGGCAUGCAAGCAUGGAUAGGGUCAAGGAGUUGGUCAAAAAGGGCAUGGUAAAAGGGAAGGUCAUGAUCACCCGGGAUGUUGUCUUCUACGAGGAGGUGAACUACCUGCAGUGGAAGGGAGUAGAGAAAGAGAUUGCAGCAGCAGGGACAGCAAUUGCACCGGACAAGGUGGACGAUCUUUUGGAAGAAAAGGAGAGUGAGGGAGUUGGUGAUGAAGGAGAUGAGGAACUCGAAGAUGUGGAACGGGCAGAUUCAGUUGAUUGGGUGUGGGAGAAGGCACCAACCAGGGAAGCGGAUGAAAGCAAGGUAGUGGAGAUAGCAGGGGAGCAGCCAAGCAAAGAAGUAGCUGAGGAUGGCAUUGAUGAAGUGGCUGAAGAAGAGGGAGAUGAAGAAUCAGCAGCUGAAGGAGAUAGUGAUCCUUGGAAGCUUCUAAACAGUGAUGACAACAAUGCCAAGAUGAGGGAGAUAGAGGACUUACUUGAGGAGGGCGCCAUCGUGAUUGGAAGGGAAGUGAAGAAUGGAGAAGGGAAAGCACUGGCGGAUUCCAGUGAGGAUGAGGUCGAGUCACCUGCAGAGGAGUUGGGGAAAGGAAAGAGGGUGAAGAAACCAAACCCUCGGUAUGCGCAACUGCUGAUGACGUGCUGGAAGGACAUCCAUACCCACCUCCUACUCUCUGCCACAGCUACUGACCUAGUCUCCAAUGAAGGAAAAGUGACACACAACCUGCCCAAAGAACCAGUGAGCAGAAAGGGAGCAGUGGAAAGCGGCAAUUGA